AUGUUUUCGUCCAGCGUCAGCAAGGCCGCUUCCAAGAAGUAUCUGCGAAACUCGGACAUAUACGACAAGAUGCUCCCUGACAACAGCAAGUAUUUAGAAACACUUGCCGUUUGGAAGACACAGGAGUAUUCGAUUGGCAAAGUUGAGCGUGCCAUGAAGAAGCUUGACAGAGAUUCGGACGAGAUCACAUACAUCACAAACGGGUACAAGGCGUUCCUCGAGAGUGGCAAUGUACGGUUGAAAUAG